UUGUGAGAUCGCUAAAUGUGGCGCCGCGCCGCUGUGUCGCUUUGACGCGAGCGCCCGAUGACGGGAAGUGGGUGGUCCCGCUCCAGAACAGGCACUUACCAGUCACUAAUGGUGUUUCCAGCGACGCUAACUGGCUUUUUUUGAUGGAUGUGUGGAGUUAAACUGGCAAACAGGGAUGUUAGUGAAGUAACACAGGGACAGUACAGCCGCUGACACUGAGGGUGUAACUGUGAAAACCUUGUCCCCAGCUCACCAUCACAUCACUAUGGCAUCUGUGGGAUUUGUGCAGAUGCUGCUGUUGGCUUGUUUUACCUCUGCUGUAGCUACUGCAGGAAAUUACAACCACUUGGUGACAGCGCCGCAGCCUCUGGUGGUCGAGAUCGGCACCGACUUUAAUGCCUCUUGCAUGGUCGUCGUCACCGAUGAAGUGACUGCCGACGACCUCUACUGGGCCCUGUCUCAGAAGACGGUACCCAAAGAGCAGUACACCAAGAUCAACAGGACGACCCUGAACGUCACCGUCCACAUCAGUGGAGAAGAUAAGGAGUGGUUGUACUGUCGCUCUCGGGGGGUUUCACCCUACGUUGUCCUGAAUGAAGGCAAAUUUAUGCACGCGAUCUAUCUUCGCAAAGCCUAUCCUCCGAAACAGCCAGAGAAUGUGACCUGUAUCGCUCUCCAGGACAAAAAAGUCAUCUCCUCAACCGUCAAGUGUAACUGGGACACAGUGGGACGUCAAAGCAAAGACGUCGCUACUAAAUACACGCUGAACUUCAAUGUCAUUGCUUAUUCCAACCAAACUGUGAGCACUAAGGAGAACAGCGCCUUGGUGAAUCUGAGCGUUUUCCCACAUUUUAUGGAUGUGGAGUUUUGGGUGGAGGCGCACAACGCACUUGGGAUGGUUGCGUCUGAGCAUCUGAGAAAAGACGCUGGGUGUUUGGUGAAAACAGAUCCUCCAGCAGACGUCAAAGUCAUCUCAGAGAAGACGUUUGCAACCUCCCUCCUCCUGAACUGGAGUCGUCCCAUCAGUAAGGGAUAUGUCACCAAAUUAACGUACGAAAUCAGAUUCUGCCAAAGUGGAGCUCACGAAUGGACGUAUGUUCCUCCUGGUGACAUCGCAGAUGACAUAGAGUCCUUCAGACUCCAGAAACUUCAGCCACACAAGGUUUACGUGUCUCAGAUCCGCUGCAAAACAGAUAAAGCGCGCUGCCCUUACUGGAGCGAAUGGAGCACCAACGCCACCAAGAGGACGCCGGAGGACCGACCAACGAGUAAACCAGAUUUAUGGAAGAAAGUUUAUGAGGGCGUCGGCGAACGACGAGUGCAGAUUAUCUGUAAGGAUCCCGUUUUCGCCAACGGGAGGAUCACCCACUUUGACGUGAAGGUUCAAGAACAGAAGGAUAAAACCUGGCGUGGGAGCUCAGAGGGGGAGAGUUUCCCAGUCAACAGGUCAGACGGCGACGCCGCGCACAGGACCAUCACCCUCGUGAAGGAGAUAUACCUGGAAGACCAGAAAUCCCUGCGAGUGUCCAUCGCCGCGGUCAACUCUGUGGGGAAGUCGCCCCUGGCGUCGCUAUCCAUCCCAGACAAGGCACACGAGCUCCCCCCGGUGGAGGAUCUGAGGGCGUGGCCUAUCGACGGCCAGAUGUGGGUGGAGUGGAAGCCGCACUACAGCACACGGAGUGACAGAGUGACGGAGUAUGUGGUGCAGUGGGUCAGCGGCGAUGUCCUGGACUGGCAGAGGGAAAACAGAAGUACCAGACUCACGGUUAUUAAAGACCACCUGCCGAAGUUCGUGUGCUACACUGUGUCCGUGUAUCCGGUGUAUUCUGGAUGGACGGGGAAGCCGGCCAGUGUGCAAGUGUUUCAGGAACAAGGAGCUCCACUCCAAGGCCCAGUUGUUAGCCUAAACAACAAGCCGCAGCGCAACGAGGCGGAGCUGGUGUGGACGGAGAUCCCUCCAGACAGACGACAAGGCUUCAUCACAGGCUACACCAUAUUCUACAGCAGCGGGCGUGAAACCCUCACCGUGGUCGUUCCUCCCAACGUCACCACCUACAAACUGACGUCACUGACGGGCAACACCAAGUACGACGUGUGGGUCAGCGCGUCCACCGUCGUAAACUCCACCCAAGGAUCCCGUCACUCGUUUACCACUACGAAAUAUGCAUCAGGAGAGAUUGAGCUCAUCGUGGUCGGAGUGAGUCUGGGAUUCCUGUUUUUCGUCAUCAUGACGAUGCUGCUCUGCAUCUACAAGAAAGACGUCAUAAAGAGAAACUUCUGGCCUCAGAUUCCAAACCCUGGAGAGAGCACCAUCAGAAACUGGUCUCCGGACUAUCCUUUAAGAGCAGAGACACCAAAGGAGAACUGUAUGUCUGGCAUCAGUGUGCUGGACAUGGACGCGAGCGACGGGAAGAGCGUGUUCGAGGAGGACAAGGCCGUCCUCCCUCUGAAGAAAGACAAGUACCUGUCCGAGGAGCACAGCAGCGGCAUCGGCGGCUCCUCCUGCAUGUCCUCGCCUCGCCAGAGCGUGUCCGACAGCGACGAGGGCGGCGACAUGGUGGACACCACGGCCAGCACCGUGCAGUACUCCUCAGUGGUGGCUUCUAGCGGCUACAAGGGUCAGACUCCGAGCUCUCAGGCGCCGUCACAGGCCGUGUUCUCGCGCUCCGAGUCCACGCAGCCCCUGCUGGACUCUGAGGAGAACCCAGACGUGCAGGACGGCAGCCGCCAGUGUUUCUUCCGACAUGCGGCGGGGAACCAGGACAACUUUAACCAGCUGCUGGAGGCGGAGCAGCCGGAGGAGCUGGAGACUCUGUCCUUCUGUCCACUGGAGGAGGACGCCGCCGCCACCGAGCAGACACCCACCGAGGAGCCUUCCUCCGAGCGGCGGCAUCCGUCGGCGCUGUCCAGCUACAUGCCUCAGCUGGGAGGCUACAGGCCGCAGUGAGGACACGUGUGCGCGCGCACGAGACGGAACUCUGUAAAAAUACUCGCUUGUAGGUCAUUAGCUUUAAAAAAAAUCAAUUUAACGACAUACUGGACACUUCCCGCUGCACGGCACACGACACAGGAUACAUUCCAGAAUGUCCGCUGGUGUGAGCUGCUGUGGCGCCCUCCUGUGGAGGUGCAACAGCACGGUGUGUUGUUAGCUGACGUACGUACACGUAUAUACACUGCACAUGAAUGUAACGUGACACGUUCUGCUGAUGAAACGUCGCCGCAUGUUCAGAUAAAACAAACAAACGUUAAGCUGCCUUUAAACAAACUGAAUCGCAGUCAUGUGACAUUUGUAGCAUCAAGGGAGGAGCCCACGCGGCCGUUUACCGUCAAAAAUCACUUAAUCACAUAUUGUUUUUAAGGUGAAGGCAAAGAACGAUAUGAUCCACAACGAAGCUCAGGCUGGAGAGAGAGACACGUGCACUUUUAAACGUCCUGUGAGCGAUUUUAGCAGCUGUGUGGACAAAUUUUAAGAUAAAAGAAGACGCAAACAAAACAGCAAAGUGUUUUAAAAACAUUUGCCACUGAGGCUGCAACUAAUCCUUCAUUCAUUUCAUUAUCGAUUCAUCAUUUUGGCCCAAAAAAUGUAAAUCAAACCAGAAAAUAUUCACAUUUACGAAGAUGAAAAAUCGGAAAGCUUUGUUAAAAUUAUUGAAAAAAACAUAGUUUAGAUUAAUUUAGUUACUGAUCGAUAAUUGAAUAAUAAUCUAAUAUGACGGAAUCAGACCUGACAUCAGUAUUGGUUAUGAUAUUGAGUUAGGGCUGGACUGGACAGAUUAUUUGAUUUCAUCGAUUUCUAAGUUAAUCAUCAAUGUUUGUCCUGAUUUUUCAGCCUCUUAAAGCAUCGACAUUUCCCAGAAAUCAUUCAUGGACGACACUGAUCGUCAUUUUCUCACAUUUCAUGGUCCAAACAAAUACUGGAUUUAAAAAAAUGAUGUGUCCCAACGUGAAAUAGUGUUGAGGAGUUAAAUCUUGGAUAACGGGAACUGAUCAAAUACUUUCACGAUGAUAUCAGAGGAGAGGAGGUCAGUGGCGGUGAAGCUGGAGACCAAACACGGGGAGAGGGAACACGGACUGAUCAUGUGACUGAAGCGCCACGUGACAGUGGUCUUUGUCAUAUUCAGUGUUUUCCUCAUGCGUCCGUCCGUCAUUAUUUCGUGUACGUCCACAGCAGAGCUUCAAACCAUCCUGAAUUAUUAUUUUUUUAAAUAUAUGAAGCUUUUUUAUAUUUUUUGUUUUACCGAGAGAAAUGUAUAAUAUUGGUGUGUUCCAUUUACACCAGAAGUGGGAAUUUACGUCAUUCACGGACACACACACACACACAGACACUAAUGUAUCUCGGGCUAGCUGUCGUUAGCCACACCAGUCGAUAACGAAGAUAUUUCACAAACAACUUACUAUAGAAACACAUGAAAACUGAAAGAGUUCUGAAUGCAGAAGAGAGAAGUGCAAUUAUAACAGUAGCAGUGUGGCAGCCAUCUUAGAACCCCACGUCAGGGUUUGUGAGGGAGUUGGAAAUUCAGCCGACUUCCAACCACAACUGGAACGCAUCCGUAAGACUUGAGGAAACUGAACCACAUGACGGUGGACCCAGUUUUAUCAUAUGCUGUUGUUUUUUUUUGCAUUUCAGUGUGAAUGAUGGACUUUAUUUUUAAGGAUAAGGAACAAUAUCCAUGUGUGGAUGAGGCAUCAAUAGCCCCCAAAAAACACAACACCACUUUUAAUUUCAAUUUUCUUACAGCCUUGAGCUUCCUCCUCCGCAAGUGUUUUUAUUGAAACGUGGAGGCAGCAAGCGCGCCUUCAACAUGUAAACGUCAGAGGUCAAGUAUUUAUCGGCUCCUGUCAAUAGUUAUCAAUAUGAAAUAAAUGUUUUAACUGACA